AUGCAGCCACUCACAGUGCUGUUGGGGGCGGCCAUCGCUGCAAUCCUUCUUUUUCGUGUAUUGAAGAUCGGGCGACGACCAGCAAACUAUCCUCCGGGUCCGCCAACUUGGCCUCUGCUGGGAAACAUACACCAGAUGCCCUCUCAGAAUGCACAUGUCCAAUUUGAAAAAUGGGCACGAGAAUACGGCCCAAUCUAUAGUCUCAUUCUGGGAACAAAGUGUCUGAUUGUGCUCUCAAGCGACGAGGCAGUCAAAGAGCUUCUCGACAAACGAAGUGGUCUAUACUCGCAUCGACCGGAAAUGUACAUUGGCCAGACGCUGUGCAGUGGUAACCUGCGGCUUUUGAUGAUGGGGUAUGGACCGACAUGGCGCGGGUUCCGUAAGAUGGUACACGGUUUACUGAAUGUCACCACGUCCAAGAAAUACGUACCAUACCAGAUGCUGGAGAACCGACAGAUGUUAUAUGAGCUCCUCACCACACCAGAAGGAUUCCUUAAACACAUUCGUCGAUACUCCAAUGCCCUUACAACUACCAUGGUGUUCGGGUGGCGCACACCUACAUAUGAGGAUGAGAAGAUGGUUCAACUGUUCAACGGCUUUUCUGAAUUCGCAGAAAUCAACCAAACUGGAACAGCGGCAUUCAUCGACUUCUUCCCAUGGCUGCGACACCUUCCCGACGUUUUGCUUCCAGCACAGAAGAAAGCGAAAGAACUUCAUAAGCAGGAAAAGGCGCUAUACUUAGGUCACUGGCUACGCGCCAAACAGGAGAGUCGACAAAACACGAUCAAUCCCUGUUUCUGCGCGGGAAUGUACGAGGCCCAGAAAGAAGAUGGGUUUAGCGAUGAUCAAGCUGCCUACAUCUCAGGAACCCUCCUUGAAGCCGGUUCAGAUACCACGUCAAGCACAUUGUAUGCCUUUGUCCAAGCAAUGCUCCUAUUCCCCGAUGUUCAACGAAAGGCCCAAAAAGAGAUUGAGCUUGUGGUUGGACCGAAUCGCCUCCCACUCAUGGAAGAUUUGUCUGAACUACAGUAUGUACGAGCAUGUAUGAAAGAAACAGUCCGAUGGAUGCCAACCACUAUCCUCGGCGCUGUCCCGCAUGCUGUCACUCAAGAUGAUGAGUACAAGGGAUACUUUAUCCCCCGGGGUGCCGGAGUCCUCAACAAUGUCUGGGGUAUUCACAUGGACCCCAAGCGCCACCCAAGCCCGCGAACCUUCAAUCCCGACCGAUACCUUGACGACCGGCAGAGUUUCGGCGAUGCAGCAGCCAACCCCGACCCCUCAAAGCGGGAUGUAUUCACCUUUGGUGCGGGGAGGCGCAUCUGUCCAGGGAUCCACGUUGCCGAGCGUAGCCUGUUUCUUGGCAUGUCGCGGAUCCUAUGGGCAUUCGAUAUUGCGCCUGACGUGGACGGUAAGGGGAGUCCGAUCUUGCCUGAUCCGAAUCGGCUGACGCAGGGGUUUGUUUGUAUGCCUGAGGAGUUCCCGGCGAGGAUUACUGCACGGUCGAAAGAGAGAGCCGAGUUGAUUGAGAUUGAGUGGAGGGAUGCGGAGAGAGAGUGCUUGGAUCCCAAGACGGGGCAGUGGAUGCAGUCGCCUGUUUACGCUUAA